AUGAUCUGGUCCACACUCGCUGCCCUCAAGACCGAUCCCGCUGAGGAGGCCCGGGCCCAGGUUCAACAGCGACCUCCCCGAUAUGCCGGUGAAGAUACCACACCGACCACCCGCAGGGAGAUCCUCGGUUGGUACGCCUAUGGUAUCGCCGCUGAGGUCUUUGCUGUUUCGGGCGUUGGAUCAUUCCUCCCUUUAAUGCUGGAACAACUCGCUCGCGAACAUGGCUCUUUACAAGAUACUCACCGACCGUGUUGGGGCGACAAUGCACCCGACGAGAACGCGCGGAAUGGCGAACAGUGUGUCAUCGGACUCAUGGGCCUGCAAAUCAAUACCGCCAGCUUCGCGAUGUAUACCUUCUCGCUGGCUGUGCUGAUCCAGGCGCUGACUUUGAUCUCGUUCAGCGCUCUGGCUGACUAUGAGCAUAAUCGCAAAUCGCUUCUCCUGGCCUUUGGCUUCAUCGGUUCCGUGACUAGCAUGCUAUUCGUCCUCAUUUGGCCCUCAAUAUAUAUACUCGGCGCCAUACUAGUCGUUAUCGGGGUGACUUGUCUCGGUUCCUCAUUCGUGGUAUUGAACUCGUUUCUCCCCAUCCUCGUCGCAAACGACCCCUCCGUGCAAAACCCCGAGCACCGUAACAGCGAAGAACUAUCAAGUUUCAAUCGCCGCGAGGACGAUUUUGACUGGAACGAAUGGAGUGAUCAAGACAGCGUGGAUGGAGUCCAUGACCACCACCAACAACGAAGCGCCAAUCCCGAAUCACAUUCAUACUCCCCCGACUCGGAGUCCGGACUGAAAGAAGACGGAAAGCCCAAAUCAGCAUCCCCGGAACUCCAGCUCUCAACCCAGAUCUCCUCCAAGGGCGUCGGACUGGGCUAUCUAGCCGCCAUCAUCGUGCAGAUUCUCAGCAUCGUCAUCCUCAUCACUGUAUCCAAGACGUCUCUCGCGAAAGCGUCGGGGACGUGGCCAAUGCGUUUCGUCCUGCUCCUUGUUGGUAUAUGGUGGUGCGCGUUCACUUAUCUAACUGGUCGUCUUCUUCGACCUAGACCCGGUCCUCCGCUCGACAGUAUUAAUUCGUCCGGCACUGGCGCCAGCGGUUCGGCAAAAUGGCGCGUCUGGUUACGCCUAGUCGGAUUCUCGUGGAAAUCCUUAUGGCGAACUGUGCGGAUAGCGGUCCAAUUACGCGAAGUCAUGAUUUUCCUAAUCGCGUGGUUUAUGCUCUCGGAUGCACUGGCGACGGUUUCCGGGACGGCAAUCCUAUUCGCGCGCACGGAGCUCAAUAUGAGCACGACUGGUAUUGGCCUUUUAUCCAUCACGGUGAUUGUUUCUGGAAUGGGCGGCGCGUUCAUGUGGCCGAAGGUUUCGGCGCGAUUUGGUCUUAAGUCUAACCAGACUAUAAUGGUGUGUAUUGCGCUGUUUGAAUUGAUUCCGCUUUAUGGGAUGCUGGGGUAUAUUCCAGGUGGGGGGGUUAUUGGGUUACAGCAGCCGUGGGAGAUUUUCCCCUUGGCGAUUGUGCAUGGUGUUGUUGGUGGUGGACUUGCGUCUUAUUGUCGGUCUUUCUUUGGAUUGCUGAUUCCUCCUGGGAGUGAGGCGGCGUUUUAUGCGCUUUAUGCGGCGACGGAUAAAGGGAGUUCGUUUAUUGGGCCGGCAAUUGUGGGGGUGCUUGUUGAUGCGACGGGACAAGUGCGGUCGGGGUUCUUUGUUAUUGCGGUUUUGAUUGUGUUGCCGUUGCCUUUGGUUUGGAUCGUUAAUGCGGAGAAGGGCCGGCGGGAUGCUUUGGCGAUGGCGGAGAAGUUGAAGUUUGCGGAGGAUGGGAAUGGUGAUGGUGAUGCCCAGGAGGAGGAGGGUUUACUUUCUAGGAAUAGUUAA